GCAAAUUAAGCGAUAUUCGAAGUAGCGCUGCUCGCUGCUCAAUCUUCACGCAACACACUCGUUAUUUUUCACACCACAACCCGUACGAUAUACACGGUUCACAAUGCAGUAGUCGUAUAAAUCUACUGGAUACAAUGGCUGGUUCUUCUCCCACACCUCGGAGAUCGCGUCAAUGGUCAAGUCCUGACCGCCGCAGUAUAUCGAGCCUUCUCACCGAAAGUCGCAAUUCACCCCUGAGCCACCAAGAUGCUCUUGCUGCGGCACAAGCUGAACACGACCGCGUCCGCGAGGCUGCUAUCAGGGUAUACCAAGAUUAUGAGUUACAACAGGAACGGCGAAGAUUGUUAGAGCAGCAAGAACGGGUAGUGCAGCAGCAAAAGCAGGAAGAGGAACGGAUUCGGACCGAAGAACGACUAAGAGCCGAAGAAGAGCGGCUGAGGGAGCUGAAGCUAAAGACAGUCCCGAAACUUCCACCCGAACCUCCGGCUCCCAUUGCAGAAGUUAACGGGUCUAUCACUUCCCCAAAACCAACCCAGCCUACUUCAGCUGGAACAACAUUAGAAGCGACAACAGUUUCUCCAAAGGCAAACCUAUUUGGCCUUCCGCAGCCAUCUUUGACCAACGGGUUGAAUGGACAUACCAAUGGCUCGAGCAACGCGAAGCCCGUGCAACCAACAAUACAAUCACUCUUAUCGCAGCCGUUGAGCCAACCGAAAGUCACACCCCAAGCACAAGCACAACCUUCAACUACUCCGUCGCCAUUCUCACAGCCGAUUAAGACCGCACCUACUCAACAAAAUGGAUUCCCUACCUCAGCCUCCGCCAAGCCCUCUACGGGUAUUACUAUGGAUCGGUACAUUGAAAUACAUCAGAACUUGAAGAAAUUACGAGAAUCACUGUCGCAACAGGCGAAGUCAAAUCCUGCUCUGAAGCAACGGAUGGGAGAUAUGCGGCGGGAAUUGAGGAAGAACAUGGGCCAACUAGUUGGUACGAAGGGUGGAAACAGAAAACAGAACGAAGCUAUUCAGGCUCUUCUAGACGAAGCAAUCAGCGGUGCUGUGCCAAGCCAACUAGUCGACCCGUCCGAUUACAUUACAGACAAGAGAGAACCAGUGCAAGGCGCCUUGCACAACGAACCACAGCUCCCUUCCUUAUUCCUCUACUUACUCAACCACUUCGCCAAGGCCGUCAUCAACCAAUUCAUCAACGAAUGCGGUGCACAGCCCAAGACGGCCGAUCCUAUCGGAGUCACAGUAGCAAUCAUCUUCUCGAAGGAUGUCUACUUGUGGCGUGGAAAGACGUUGAUCGAUAUACUGAUGGCAAAGUUCCGAGUGGUCUGCCCUGUCUUAUUCGGUUAUUAUGGGAACGAAAAGACGGGACAAGGUCGCCUCCGCCUGGGUUGGAAGAACUCUCCCGCUGGCUUUAUUCCCGAGCAACAGCACAGCGAUCGGAUGAAAGGUCUGGGGGCUGGUUAUGCCUCAAUUGCGUUGAGAAACUUCGGGAAGACGAAGAGCACGAAUCCGUGGCCUCCUACGAAUUAUUGGACUGCUAUGGCGAAGAUAGUAAACACGCCACCGGCCGACAUCUCAGAGACGCAAUUCGUGGUUCUAAGAGCCAUGAUCGAGGCUAGCGAGGAGAAGUUUAUUCACUUCUACGGGAAUGCAGGUAUAGCUGCAUUGAGGAAAGCUUUAGUCGAGUUCCCUAACAAAGCGGUGAACAAGACGCCAGGUGCUUCAGGAUUACAAGUGCUCGCACAAAUCUUGAAGAGGGAUAUUGGACUAGAGCUCUAAGCUUCUAGCCCUAGCACUAGGAUAUGGACGGUCUGGAUCUGGGUAUAGAAGGCAUUCGCCUGACUUUUCUACGGCGUUGGGUGGAAACUAAUGCGUAAAGUGAUUUGGCAUUAGACGGAGUCUAGAACGGUUCAGAUAGGUACUGCGUCUUC